AUGGCCCUAAAGCUAAAGCUACUCCUAAAUUGGAGUUGGAGAGCAGGAGGCGGCUGCUGCCUGCGCAACGACAACGCUGCGCUUCCAUUCCCAUUCCCAUUCCCAUUAUGGAAUCGGACCACCGCGUCUUCCUCCGCAUGCAGCAGCUCCAACUUGUUCGUCGGCGGUCUUUCUUACGACACUAACGAAACAGCUCUCAAGGACGCUUUCUCUCAAUAUGGUGAUGUUAUUGCAGUGAAGGUUAUAUGCCAUCCCACAACCGGCAAGUCAAAAGGAUUUGGUUUUGUCAAGUUUUCUUCACAAAACCAUGCUGCCGCAGCAUGGCAAAAGAUGAACGGUCAGGUGCUUGAUGGAAGGAACAUUCGGGUGCACUACGCAAUCGGUACUGGGGGAUCUGCUGCCACUGAUGACUGA